ACAAUAUUCAGAUCGCCUCUGGCUCUCCCUGGUGACCAUCCUGUGAGGUGCAUGGAAAGGCUGUGGAUCUGCACUGCAUAAGGUGAAUCCAUGGAUACUGUGGAACUUGCCAGAAAGCUGCAGGAGGAGGCCACGUGCUCCAUCUGCCUCGACUACUUCACCGACCCCGUGAUGACCACCUGUGGCCACAACUUCUGCCGCGAAUGUAUCCGGCUGACCUGGGAGAAGGACAAAAGCAAGAAGGGCAGGAGGAAGCACAGGGGCUCCUUCCCCUGCCCCGAGUGCCGCAAGCUGUCCCCCCAGAAGAACCUACGGCCCAACCGCCUGCUGACCAAGGUGGCCGAGAUGGCGCGGCAGCACCCUGGCCUCCAGAGCAGGGACCUGUGCAAGGUACACCAGGAGCUGCUCAAACUCUUCUGCGAGGAUGACCAGAGCCCCAUCUGCGUGGUCUGCAGGGAGUCCCGGGAACACCGGCCCCACAGGGUGGUCCCUGUGGAGGAGGCCGUGCAGGAGCACAAGCUGAAGCUGGAGGAGGACAUGGGGCGCCUGUGGGAGGAGAUGGAGAAGACCCAGAAGCUGCAGACCAGGGAGCAGCAGGCCUUGGCCAAGUGGCAGGAGAAGGUGGAGGAGCGGAGAAGGCGCAUCCUGGCGGAGUUCGAGAAGAUGGGUGUCCUCCUAGAAGAGGAGCAGCAGCGCCUCCUCCAGGUUCUGAAAAGGGAGGAGGAGCUCACGGCUGCAAGGCUCCAGGAGAGCGCGGAAGCACUGGAGCAACAGCGCCACACCCUGGAGACGCUGAUGCUGCGGCUGGAGGACAGGAGCCAGCGCGAGCCGCUGCAGAUGUUGCAGGAUAUGAAGGAUCCCCUGGGCAGAAGUGUGAGUGUGCAGUAUCCAGAGACCACGCCCACCGUGCUAAGGACGGUCUGCAGGGUCCCGGGGCAGAUAGACGUUCUCAAGACUUUCCAAGAGGAUGUGGUGCCUGACCCUGCCACAGCGUACCCCUACCUCCUCCUGUAUGAGAGCCGCCAGAGGCACUACCUGAGCACCCCGCCAGAUGGCACACCCUGCAGCAAGGACAGGUUCCUGGCCUACCCCUGCGCGGUGGGCCGCCAGACCUUCUCCUCAGGACGGCACUAUUGGGAGGUGGGCAUGAACCUCACCAGUGAUGCACUGUGGGCCCUGGGUGUGUGCAGGGACAAUGUGAGCCGGAAGGACAGGGUCCCCAAAUCCCCCGAAAAUGGAUUCUGGGUGGUACAGCUGUGCAAGGGAAAGAAGUAUGUGCCCCUGGUGUCUGCCCCAACCCCCAUCACACUGACAGAGCCCCCCAGCCAUAUGGGCAUCUUCCUGGACUUUGAGGCGGGGGAGGUGUCCUUUUACAACGUGAAUGGUGGGUCCCACCUGCACACCUACACCCAGCCCACCUUCCCAGGCCCCCUGCAGCCCUUCUUCUGCCUCGGGGCCCCCAAAUCCGGCCAGAUGGUCAUCUCAACAGUGACACUCUGGGUGAAGGGAUAGGCAUGCAAGUUGGGGAGGC